AUGCUGAUGGUAAUAUGUGCAAUGGCAUCACCACAAUCUGUACUCCUCGCUCUAGUCACAACAACUAUUUGCUGCGGUGCCAUCAUCCUGUUCGCUACUCAAACAAAAUUCGACAUUACCAGCUACGUCUUUGUCAUUUAUGCUGCUGGAAUGGCAGUCUUCGUUUUCGGCAUUGUUUUGGGGAUUCUAAGUUUAUUCAUAUACAUUAAGGUGCUUCAUAUUAUAUACUCAGCAAUCGCGUGCAUUCUGUUCAUGGGCUAUCUUGCGGUGGAUAUUCAGAUGAUUAUAGGCGGACGGAAAUACGAAAUUUCGCCGGAGGAAUACGUUUUUGCGGCACUGAUGCUCUUCGUCGACAUUUACGAAAUAUUUGUCUUAAUUUUAGGCUUGUUCAAUGCGGCUGAAUAA